GGGCCUCCGGCUCCGCCCAGCGUGCGUCGGUGCGUGAGUCCGGCCCCCACGAGCUGCUGAGCCGCCCGCGAGCUCACACCGGCUUCUCUUCAGCCUCAGCCAGUGCGCUGUGGUCGCCGUCAUGCUUGCCGCUGCCCUUCGUCGCUGUACCGUAGCCGCGGCCGCCCGAGGCUUUCUGCACCCCGUCUCGGCCCCCAGCCCCGCCGCCGCUGUCCAGUCCAUUCGCUGCUAUUCUCAUGGAUCACAUGAGACAGAUGAGGAGUUUGAUGCUCGCUGGGUGACGUACUUCAACAAGCCAGACAUCGAUGCCUGGGAAUUGCGUAAAGGGAUGAACACACUUGUUGGUUAUGAUUUGGUUCCUGAGCCUAAAAUCAUUGAUGCUGCUUUGCGUGCGUGUAGACGGUUAAAUGAUUUUGCUAGUGCUGUUCGCAUCUUGGAGGUUGUUAAGGACAAAGCAGGACCCCAUAAGGAAAUCUAUCCCUAUGUCAUCCAGGAACUUAGACCGACUUUAAAUGAACUGGGAAUUUCCACUCCAGAGGAACUGGGCCUUGACAAAGUGUAAACUCCCCUCUAUGGGCUUCCCAAGGACUCACUGCUAUUGCUACUUGAUUAAAACAGUCGCCUGGAAAUUUUAUUUGAACAAAUUUUCCUUUGAGUAUCAAACCAUGUAAUAGUAACUUGGACUUUAAUAAAGGGAAAUGAGUUUGAACUGAAA